AUGAUGAAACCGAAUGCAAAAAUAAUGUUGAUAGUUGAAAAAAAUAAUUAAACAUGUAUAAAAAACUACUAAUUUUAGUAGUAGAAAUACAAAAUUUAAAAGUCAUAAGUGUUGUAUAAGUACCUAAUAUUUAAUCGUAAGCUCUAUUUGUCCAUUGUUAUUUAAAUAAUAUAAUCCUGCUUUCAAGAAUCUUCAAGUUGAGUUGUAAAUAUUUCAUCUUAAUGACUAUAUGGAUUAGUGAUAUAGCAUUUAAUACAUGUAUCUUGAUCACGUUUUAAUUAGGUACACAAGGUUGUAUUAAAAACACAACUUAUUCAAACACUAACACAUUCUUGAAUCCAUACUUCACAAGUUGA